AUGGGAUUCACAGCAAAGGCUAAGAACAGUGAAGGCUGGGGAAUGGGGUUCCUCUUGGUUUUCUUUCCUGAAGAAGAUCAUCAAGACACAAAUAAGAAGAACAAUUCAAUCAACGCUAAUCUCUUAUCUUCAUCUUCACCUUCUUUCAAGCCCUUAAGCACACUGCUCAGACGCACAAAUUCAGCUCAUCUACUACACAAAGCACAGUCCACAAUUUCUAUAUGUGCACUUCUUUUAUUUAUAACUCUACUUCUCUUCACUAUCUCCACUUUGCCCUCUACCACCACUGCCGCCCCUAGAGCCCGCCACAACUACGGUUUUCCUGGAAGACAGCUCUCUUUAGUGAUGAAAAAUCCCUCUUCAGCUUCGGGUUUAUUGUCAAGAAAUCAAUUAUCGCAUGCAUUGCAAGGGAUGGGCACUCUGUAUAGGAGAGGCACAAGGGCAAUGAGUGACCUCAUUGUAGCACACGCAGUUGAGUCACUCACUUCGCAUGAAUUGAAAUUGUUUCUCAGGCUCUUGUACAGGUCCAGUCUUACCUCAAGAUCAGACCUUGUAUUCAUAUUUCGAUCAAAAUCACCUGAUUUUGAUCAUACAAUUCUUCAAGAGAAUGACUCGUUCUUGAAACUCGUUACUCAGUAUGCGAAAAUGAAUCGCUCGACUCACUCGGUGGCGAGUUUUGACGUGGCCCACUUCUUGAAAAUGAGCAAGAAGGAGAGGGACAGCGGAGAGCCAAUCUGGGGUCGAAGAAUCCGAAGCAAUUUUAGCGAGGAAGGAAAGACUGAGUCAACUCCUCUGAGCUAUGGGUCAUACGAGAGGCUUGAAUACGUGGGUGAUUCUGUUCUGAAUCUCAUGGUUGCUGAAGAACACUACCCUUCGUGCCCGGAUUUGCAGCCUGGUGAUUUGACCCGAUUACGAGCUGCCAAUGUUGACACGGAGAAGCUUGCACGUGCGGCUUUGAAUCAACAGUUGCACAAAUUUCUACGCUAUAAUAAGCCUAUACUUUACUUGCUGGACAAAUUUUAA